GUUCAACGUGGACGUCUGCUCCGACAAUUUUAUUUUUAUCACUGUGUUCUGUUUAAAGUGUUUAGUCUACCGUUUUUUAAAAAAGUAAGAUCGCAAAGCUAGCCAUUUCCACAGUGUGUUUGUUGUUGUUGAGGUGAAAUCAGCUGACAUAGUAAUUCGAGAUUUUGAGAAUGACUUCUGCUGCACUCAUUCGCCAACUGGUCAUCGACGCUAUAUGCCUUGCUAUUGUUUGGCUGCCGGUUCUACUUUUGGAUCUGAUCGGGAAGCCUUUCGAGCGAGGAUUCUAUUGCGAUGACACCUCUAUUCGAUAUCCUUACAAAGACUCGACGGUCACCAGCGCUGUGCUCUACAGUUACAGCCUCGGCCUACCCAUUGCAAUGAUUAUUACUGUGGAGAUUUUCCGCUGGAAACAUAACUUGAAAUCGGAAAAUGUAAGUCGCCAGAACAUAUGUUCUACGAUCAACAUUUCGUCAUCAAUCCGCAUCCCUUCUGUGAUCGCUGAGAUCAUCCAUCUGGUCGUUAUUUUCCUCUUCGGUGCGGCUUGUUCACAGGUGGCCACAGAUUUUGGCAAAUACACCGUCGGUCGUCUCCGUCCUCACUUUAUUGACAUGUGUAAACCUGAAAAUUUAUCCGAGUUGUGUCCGCUGGGUGGACCACCCGUUUACAUCACCGAUUUCAAAUGUACUGGUACGAACGAGCAAAGAAUUAAGGAUUCUAGAUUGUCUUUCCCAUCUGGUCACGCUUCCUUUUCGGCCUACGCAAUGCUGUUUCUAGCUCUUUAUCUCCAGCGAAGGAUGAAUUGGACUGGAUCCAAGUUAUUUCGUUCAACUAUCCAAAUUACAGCACUGAUGCUUACGUGGUACACUGGCCUUUCACGAAUUACUGACUACAAACACCAUUGGAGUGAUGUGUUAGCGGGGUUCUUCAUUGGAUUCACCGCUGCAUCGUUAACGGCGCUGUUCUCUCUUGAGUCUCGACUAAGGUACAGGGACUUUUGUAUUGUUUAGUGUUCAAAUAAAGUAGUGAUGUACUAUUUAUUACCUUCCAUUCCCAAUGCUUUCCACAUCCCGAUAGAAAACAUGCACUUCCAUGAGAUACAGGAAGAGGAAGAACAGUAUUUGCUACAUUUUGGUCUUGUCUAAAUGUGUAAUUUUAAAAAACAAGCCUUAUUUGUCCUUUGGCUGUUUAACAUGAUUGUUCAUUUAAAAAUUAGGGUAUUAUUAAAAAACUGAUUAAUUGAUUGGAUGAACCAUCUAAUUUGACAGAAAGUGAUUUACAGUGGCUUACACGAAACUGGGGAGGGGAAUUCCGGAAUAGACACAUAAACAUAACAAGUUUCUUUUUCUUUCAAAUAGUUUGGUUUCAAGCAUGUUUCAAGUGUCCACUAGAUGACGCGAGGGUCUUCGUUAAAUAAGACAGACUGACAGACAACAGUGAACAGUGUCGUCCUCUUUCAUUUCGACUUUCGAGUUUCUCAGUUCUCAUCACUGAGAGGAAAUGUAAAUGUACUGUUGCUCAUUGCGGUUUACUUUUUGUUUUCCUUUUUCGUAAAAAAAUGGUAAUAUAGACUGAAUUUCUACUUGGCAAUCAAUUGAUCAUCUCAUCAUGUGGCCUUAACUGCUGGUCAUUUUUGAAGUAGGCAGAUUGCCAGAUGGGCAGGUGAUUUUGCCAAAAUGUCGCCUCAUGCAACCUGUUCCGGCCGGACGUUUCGUCACAUGGAGAACAACCAACCAGGUUAAGUCUGGGCUUUCUUCAUUGUUGUCCAAAUUUGCUUCGUCACAUGGAGAA